UUCUUCCUGUUUUCUUUUUUUCUCUAACAAACAGUUAUUAUGCGUACAUAGGCUGUACCAGUCCAGCACCACAUUGAAUGAAAUGUCCGGUCAACAUAUUCAACCGUCUUGGUUUUGUAUGGAAACAUUAAAACAAGCAGCAAAAUGACCCUCUGAAAUGGAAUUUCUACCCAAAACCUGCUGAUGGCAGAUAGUCUGCCACAAUGAUGCAUCAUUUAUGCACAGACAUUAAGCAUCCAAUUGCCAGAUAAACUUCAAGUUCUCCACCGCUGUUCCAAGUGAGCCAGCGAACGCAUGUCGCGAAUCAGGACCACACUGGACAGCGUCACCAAGGCAGUAGGCAGCACUGACCUCAUCUCCAAGUUCUCCCGCCUCAAGCCUGGAAGUGCGGCAGUCGACAGCACCCAAGCGGAAAAGGUUCUGGUCAAAGCCGAGACCUUAACCUCUAACAACACAGCUACGGCCUCGCCACCUGAAACCACCAUGAAGGAAGAAACAGCUCUGUCCACCAACAUGGAUGAGACCUACAGAACUCUAGCUCAGCACAUCAAUAGUUACUUUGGCACCAGCAAUCAAGAGGAAGAAGGAGACAACAGACCUCCACAGCGGCAGCAUUCUGAGCCCACUCUCAGUGCUGUCGCUCGGACAACUCGGGACCCCAUUCCUAUUUUGUCGACAGUGGCAGAGGCUAAAAGUAUUGAAGCACCCACUUCCUCUCCUCCCCCUCCAUCUCCAUCAGAAGAGCUCGGCUCCCCAGCAGGGAUGCCCUCCUCUGAAAUCCCUGCCACUCAAAGCGCAGCUCAGUCCACCCCUGCGUCUGCUACCGCCUCUAAAAAAGGCUUCACCCAUUACCUCUCCUACCCUCGGCCCACCGUUCAGGCGUUCGUCGGCAGCUACAUCACACCCCUGGUCCCGAAAUUCAGAGGUGAUUCCAAGAGCAUCGCAGCCGAAAGAGACAAGUCUUCGGCAGUCGCCGUGGAGGAGCCCGCUGUGGACAAGGCAAGACAGAAGACAGACGGCGAGGAGGAGAAAGUGAAGCAGCAGCUGUUGACUCAAAGAGAGAAGAUAGCAGCCAGGGUGGGUGUGGACAACAGGACCAGAGCUCUGGUGAAAGGCCUGCAGAGAGUCACUGAUGUCAAGCUUCUCACCAGUCGGGUGGAGGAGCUCAGUGUUCACCUCCUGGAGUUCCCCGAGACACGAGGUGUAGCUAUCACGGAGAGUGUGCUGCCCUGCCUGCUGCGAUUGCGCCAGGCCAGAGACCCGCCUCUUCAGGCUGCUGUGAGAGAAGCUCUGGCCCUGGUUGGCUACGCCGAACCAGUCAAAGGCAGAGGAAUUCGGGUCCUGGCCAUAGACGGAGGCGGAACAAGGGGACUGCUGGCCCUGCAAACGCUCCAGAAACUGCAGAACCUGACUGGCAAACGAAUCCACCAGCUGUUUGACUACAUCUGUGGCGUCAGCACAGGUGCCAUUUUGGCCUUCAUGCUGGGAAUUUUUCAGAUCCCCGUAGAGGAGUGCGAGGAGAUGUACAGGAAGCUGGGCUCGGAUGUGUUCAAACAGAAUGUCAUCGUCGGAACCGUUAAGAUGGGCUGGAGCCAUGCGUUCUAUGACAGCGAAAUAUGGGAAAACAUCCUCAAGGAACGGAUGGGUGAGGGGCGUAUGAUUGAGAGUGCCAGGGACCCACACUGCCCUAAAGUGUCAGCAGUGAGCACCAUUGUGAACAGGGGUUUACCUCUGAAGGCCUACGCGUUCAGGAACUACACACUCAUGCCAGGAGUGAGAUCCCACUACAUCGGACACUGCAACCACAAAAUGUGGCAGGCCAUCAGGGCCUCUUCUGCCGCUCCAGGCUACUUCAAGGAAUUCGUCCUGGGAAAAGACCUGCAUCAGGAUGGAGGACUACUCAUCAACAACCCCACAGCUUUGGCCAUCCACGAGUGUAAGUGUCUGUGGCCAAACACGCCGCUGCAGUGCGUGUUGUCUCUGGGCACCGGGCGGUACGAGACGGCGGGCAACAACAGCACGGCCUACACGAGCCUCAAGACCAAGCUCAGCCACGUCAUCAGCAGUGCCACAGAUACCGAGGAGGUACACACCAUGCUGGACGCACUCCUGCCCCCCGACACGUACUUCCGCUUCAACCCCUACAUGAGCGAGGACAUCCCGAUGAACGAGAGCCGCGCGGAGAAGCUGAACUUCCUCAAGGGUGAGGGGGAGCGCUACCUGGAGCGCAACGAGGCCAAGCUGAGGAAGGUGGCCGGCGUGCUGGGCCAGGAGAAGAGCACCAUCCAGAGGCUGGCCGAGUGGACCAAGCUCAAGGCUAACAUGUACGAGGGCCUCCCCUUCGUCUCCAAGCUGUAGUUGGUGGCUCGCCAACUGUUUGUCCACAAGUGAGUUUUUAAGGUAAGAAGACACGGGCUGUAAAAACUCUCACGGUAUGAAAGAUUAAGGGGAAAACUUUUGAUCAUCAUCUAAAAAGGACUGUUUGAGAAAUGUAUAACAAUGUUGAUUCAUUAAACGAGGCAAUAGUAUUCUGUAAAUAGUGUGAAAUUAAAUAUGUGCUGUAAUUUGUUCUUUGUGAGACACGAUGUGUCUAAUAUGGAGACAGAAUUAUAUAAUUUGAAAAGAAUUAAGCAAGUUUUGACACUCUGAUGAAAUGUGUGUGUUCAUAAAUUUAUGAAUUUUUAGCUGGUUUAAAAAGUGUUGAUUGACUGAACGCACAAUGGCGGUAAUGUGCCACGAAUACAUGACCAUAUUAUGACUGUAGUUAUUUUGUAAAAAACAACAAACACUGAUUUUCAUUUUCAGUAACUUGAAUACAUUAAGAUGUAAUUAAUACACGAUUGCACAGUGAAAACAUAAACACCCUCUUCAUAACACUGUACAGAAGAAAGCCCUCAUGCACUUUGUAAAAUAAGAAUUCUGAAUCUUGAAAAUGUAAAUAAUAUUUGAUGUAAUUGUCAAUUUAUUUGAGUGCUUGAGUUGCUAGAAUUUGAGAAAAGAAAUCUCUUAAUGCCACUGUGCUGUGUUGACACAGACAGACACUGAACUCUGCUUCCGAUACUUAAGAUAACGUAUCUGUUUUCCUUCAUGACACAAAGCAUGUUCUCCAAUGUGGCCCAUUGUUCAGUAUGACGCUCCCGUGUUCCCACUCUUUAUACAUUUGACACACUUUCUACAUUGUGAGAAUACUAAUUGCCCGGAUUCAUUGCUUGAUGGAAUGCGAAAAAGAAAACAAUGUCAGCAAAAAAAUAAAACUUGGGUUUUCAAAACAGUGAUAAAAUAUUGUUCCCUUUUGACUUCUGUAUGAUUUGUUUUAAAAGUCUGCUUAUAAGGUUAGUGGAUAUAGAAUAUAUGUCACAGGAAUUUAUGUCAUGUUGUUUUAUCUGCUUUUAAAUUCUAAUGCCACACACACACACUUCUCAAAGAGCCCCACAAUAAGAGUUGUCACAAAGGAAUGCUCAGUGUCUUCCUAUGAUGAAUUGCCUUUUUCCCAAUCGCACACAUUGAUUUUCUGCCUUUUAUUGUUUUGAUCCCAUUGAAGAUCCACUCAAAUGCCAUAGCGCCAUUCCUCCCAGUCACACUGUUGUUACCCCAAUCAAUGUGAACAAUACGCCACGAGGAGGCAUACCUACAAACACCCACAACAAUGACGCACGUCACAAAGACACGUCUUCACUGAUGCCUCUCUCCUGGUGUCAAACUGUCAAAGUUAGAACUGGCUUGACUGAUAGAUUGACGGCACUUUUUUUUCAAUGCCAGCUUGAGCUUCACCCAAACCUCAAGGUCUGAUUCAUGGCUGUGAUGCUUCUACUUGGCCUUGCUCCAGAAGUGCCUUUUCAGUGGGUGACCGAUCCGACAGGAGGAUCUAGGUUGAAAGCUGGCAACAUGGCAGAAAAUGUCAAAGUUUCGUGUUAUUAAGAACGUCUUUGGGGCUGAUGGGACGUUGGAUUAAAAUACAUUUUACUUGAGGUGCAUGGAGGCACUUCUUGGAAUCAACAGCGUUGCUCCAGAUGCAAGAGUAAAAAAUAAUUUCUGAAGUUUACCCAAAUUACAAAAAUUCUAUCGUCACAGCACAAACAUCCUAUUUGUCUGUCCUUUCCAGCUGUGUGGAGACUGGAGUGUCUUUGUCUUGAGUGUGUUUGUCAGACAAAUGAGAGUAACGCUCUCUGGCGAUGUGCAUCCUGUUGGCAAUUCCCUCGAGCGUGAAAGGCCAAAGUGCCACGGUAAAGUGAAGUCUGCCAGGCUGUGUUUACAUGAAGGAGUGGGAGAUAUAUUUAUGUAGUUUAUACCACAGCACUAUUAGUUGCUUGUUGUCGGUCUCUCCUCCUCCUCAAGCAGAAUUAGAUUGUCUGGUCUUACGGUGUUCCCUAGCAACUGUUAUAGUUCCCUUCUCGUUUACAAUCCUCUCAAUGUAUGUGUGCCCACGUUCGCCUAAAAUUGUCCCUGAUCUGGCAGAAAUGUGUUACGCAAUCAACCUCUUUUUUUUUUUUUUUUUUGGCCGAUGUAAGUGGAUUUUAGGCAGUUGACAUUGUAAUGCACAAAAAAAAAAUCAUCACAUUCAAAUUUGCUCCUGUUUUCAAGCUCCUUCAGUUUGGCACGCUCUGUUUAUUAGCUUAACGUCUGCCAGGAUGUGCCAUGUUCUUAAACAAACAGCGCAGCAUGCGAGGAAAAGUUCGUACAAGUUGUCUCACCUUGUUUUUCGUCAUGGCUCCGCUUUGUUUUUAAAUGCUCUGCAAGUGUGAGAAGCUCACCCAAUGGGCUUUAGAUGCAAAUCUAUAAAAACGGUUAUGUAACAAAGAGACCACUCCUAAACGGGAUCUUAAUCUUGGAGGACACAGUAGCUCCAAUGACACAAACCAGCAAAUAAGUCCCCGAGGGGUUAGAAGUGUGUGUGUGUGUGUGUGUGUGUGUGUGUGUGUGUGU